ACGAGGGCGAGCGCUUGACGUACGAGUGUAGCAUGCGAGCUAACGUUAGCGAGCCGAACAACCGCACUCCCGGGCGCCCGUGAACUACCGCCGGCUCCGCUGGAAGUGAAAUCCGCGUUGAUAAGGACGCAGAGAGCUGAUAUUUCCGACAAAGUACACGCGACAGGACAAACGGCGCGUUUUCCAACCAUGCAGAUCACCCUAAAAACAUUGCAGCAACAAACCAUUCAUAUCGACAUCGACGACGAUCAGACAGUGAAGGCACUGAAAGAAAAGAUAGAGGCAGAGAAAGGCAGGGACAGUUUUCCAGUUUCGGGACAGAAGCUGAUAUAUGCAGGCAAAAUUCUGCAAGAUGACACACCCAUCAAAGAGUACAAAAUCGACGAGAAGAACUUUGUUGUCGUCAUGGUAUCGAAGCCAAAGCCUCCGCCAGUAGCACCUGAACCACCAACAAAAUCUGCUCCCACGCCGACACCUUCCUCAUCCUCUUCCUCACCACCUCCUCCCACCCCUGCUGCCCUGCCUUUCUUCUCGGACGAGGACAACUCCCCGUGCGAUCCUCCUGCCACCGUGUCUCCAUCCAACAGCCCAGAACAUCCUUGCCUGGGUGAAGAGGACUCUUCUUCAACACUAGUCACGGGGCUGGAGUAUGAGGCUAUGCUAAAGGAGAUCAUGUCUAUGGGUUAUGAAAGGGAGCGAGUGGUGUCUGCUCUGAGGGCCAGCUUUAACGACCCCGACCGCGCCGUGGAGUACCUGCUCAAUGGCAUCCCUACGGUCCCCGUGCAGGAGACCCGCCCCGCGGCCGCACUUGCUCCCGCUCCGGCUGCACAGCCUGCUGCUGAGGGUGAGAACCCCCUGGAGUUCCUGCGCUCUCAGCCACAGUUCCAGACGAUGAGGCAGGUGGUUCAGCAGAACCCAUCUUUACUACCAUCACUGCUUCAGCAGCUGGGCCAGGAGAACCCGGAGCUGCUGCAGCAAAUCAGCCAACACCAGGAACUGUUCAUUCAGAUGUUGAACGCACCACCAGGAGAAGGUGAUGGCGAGGGCCUAGAGGGGGCGGAGCAUGCCGACGUUGGUGUCAUAGGUGACGAAGGUGCACCUGUCAACUACAUCCAGGUCACGGCACAGGAGAAAGAAGCCAUUGAAAGGUUAAAAGCGUUGGGCUUCCCUGAGGCGCUGGUCGUGCAAGCGUACUUUGCUUGCGAGAAAAAUGAGAAUCUGGCCGCCAACUUCCUGCUCAAUCAGAACUUUGAGGACGAAUGAGAUGUCUCCAAAUGCUUGGCCUUCCCCAAGCCCCGCCCCUUCACUUCACUACACACAUGCUCCAUCCUCUUAAGACACGAGGACUUACCAUUUCUUCAGUCCGUUAGGGGAAAGGUUAAUAAAGCUGGACUCCGUUGCAGAUGCGUGCUAGGGAUCCACUGACUAGAUUGGGGGAAAAAGGCACACAAAAUAAAUCAGUUCAAAAAGGGGUGUGGGUGUGUGGGUGGGUGUGGGAGUGAAUUACAGGUGGAAUUGAAUAUGGAAGAAUAAGUCUGAACUAUUAUGUUUGGGUUUUUGUGUGCGCAUGCACAAUCAGAUUUAGUUUUUUCCUCUUUGAGGAAGCAUUUGUUAAUUAUUGUUUAAAACUAUAUAAGAUUUUGAAUCUUAAUUUUAGUCACCAAGUACUUUUAACUGAAGUACACUAUGUAUGACCCCAUCACCCUAACAGAAAGCAAAACCUUGUCUUGGCUGUAUACAAAACAAGAGUUGAGUACACCACCCAUGCUUCUAACUAUGAUAAUAUAGUGAUGACUGCACUUUCUGGUGUGGGAGAUACGCUUGUGUUUUACAGGUGGCCUGUGUUGGUCUUGUGUGCAGUAUAUAGAAGAGACUGUUCACAUGGGGCUUAUUUAAUCAAGAAUGACCUUUUAAGUUUAUGUUUAAGUAAUGUUUGGGAUUACAGUAUAGGAUUCUCCUAAUAUCUGAUUUUUUUUUUUUUUUUAAGCAUUACAACCACCCCCGUGAGCGCACACAGAGACACACACAUACAGCGGGCCCCAUGUGUACAUACAGGCCCCAGCCUCUUUGAUUCAGAAACACUUGAAAAAAUGUUUUUCAAUUACAUGAAAAAGUCAAUUGAACUUUCAUAGGGCAAGCAAAACUCUAGACUGGCACUUAUUACAAAUAGUCUGAGAACAGGCAGAGUUAGAAUGUGGAAGUGUUGCAAGGGCAACAUGUUUCAAAUGAUGUGGGGUUCGUUUACAUAUCAGAAUUAUAGAUUGUGUUUAAACAAAGUUUGCAGUUGCAGAGUUUUCAAAGCACAGAUUAAAGGCUAAAUCAGUAGGUGUGGCUAAUAGGAAGUCUUUUUUUUUUUUAGUAGUAGUCAGUGGGUAAUUUUGUGAUCAAUGAUCUUGGAAUGGAUUGUAACAGAUGUUGCUGUUGUUAUUGCACAAGAUGCUUAACUCUAUUUGAUUCACCAGUGUUGGUCAUUUUGGCAUCAACAAAAUUUAAAGACCAUAUCCAGUUCAUCAUGCUCUAUGCAAAGCAGAGCUCAUCUGACAGAUCCUGAUUUAAUUCCCAUUGGAGAAUUCCCACUGAGGAAGGGCAGAGUAACAGCUAGAAUCUAUUUUAAUGUAGGCAUUUUGUCUUUCCAGCAAGAAUAAAAAUGCCAUGAUGGAAGCCUUUUUUUUUUUUUUUUUUAUGUAUAUACCCAAGCUAAGCUAAUCAGUGUUUUUGUUGUGCAAGGAUAAGGUUGAAGAAUAAAAUAUAGUCUUGCUGUUA